CGGACCCCUUUUGAUUCUAGUGCCGAUUUUGGGUCCCCAUUCACCGCGAUUUGUCGCUCGCGACGGUCCCCCAAAAAAAAUCUAUAAACACGUGGGGAAAAUUUAAACAUCUCUUUUAAUUUUAUUUUUACUGUCGAUAUCUCGAUCUGGAAAAUUACAUAUUUAUGCAAAUUUGAGUCUAGGCUAUUUGUAAAUAUUUUUAUUUUUAUGUCAAGUGGCUUUGCGAGGAAAAUACUACUGCAAAUCAAUUUUUGAAAUAGACUUGUAUUGUCUCAAGAUUAUGAGUGAAGUACUAGAGAUAUUAAAAGUGAAAAAGUGCUGAAAUUUUAUGAAAAAUUGUGAUCGAAAGCUUUGUUUUUUGUAUAUUGCAUCUUAUUUCGUCUUAGAGGAUGAAAAUUCCGCUAUUAAAUUGAAAACAUCUUAUAAAGUGAACCCUAGAGUGAGUGCCGGUUUUGAGGCUGACCUCGGACCUAACUCCCCAGAAAAAGGACCACUCCGACUGUAAGCAGUCACGUGUGAGUGAAUCCUAAACUGGUUAUUAUUCUUCAAAGAAACCUGGAACGAAGAAUUUAAUUCUAAGUAAAAUAUUUUUACUUGGAAUUUCGCAGGCAUGAAGAGUUAAAAGGACCUUUUAUUUGUAUUCAGAAUUUUGUAUCGUUUUCAAAGGCUGGACAAGAUGAAGAUGAAUCUGAUGUCGUUGUUGAAGAGUUUCUUCAGGCGAAUUACCAAAGAUUUCCGCCAGAAGGAACUGCUGCCGAUAAAAAUUGCAUUUUUCGUUAAAGCAUCGACGUUGUUCGUGCUGUAUCCAUAUCUGACAAUUCAUAUGAGGGAACUCGGAAUCAAUGUUCAAGAAACUGCUUUAAUGAGUGCAGUUACCCCUCUUGCAGUUAUCAUUAUGCCACCGUUAGCAGGAAUAGUUGCGGAUCGAAUAGGAAAUUUCCGAGUAUCAUUAGCAUUUCUAACAUCCCUUGGGGGAUUGGCAGCACUAUUAUUGCUCACUGUUCCUGUGGGUAGAGUCAAUCUAGAAUAUCCAGAUAGGGUAAUUCUCGAUGUGAGUUGUCCAGGAAGUAAUGAAAAUUUGAUUUACGAAAUGAGCCCAAAAUAUCCUUGCGAGCCGAAUCUUAAAUCUGAAGUAAACAUGAGGAUAGAAAGUUGUGGUUUAUUAUGUUACGCACCCAUGGACACUGAUGUUGAAUCAUUGUUGGAAGAAAGAGCCUACACAAUAGAGAUAACAGAAAAAGAAUCAGUCAUCGUUUUUAAUUAUACGACUCCAGAAACAAAAUUGAAGAAGGUAAUCGACGAAACAGAAGACGUUAGAUCACACAGAAAGUUGAAAAAUGAUGCAUUUUUCAAAACCUCAAUUCGUGAAAUCACGAAUAAUACCUUUUACUUCCCAACAGACGACUUGUACCAAUUUAAGUGCAAUCAAAUUAUUGACGAGAGUAAAGAAGGCAAGAAUGUGACGAAAAUACUCAAAUGUGGUUUUGACCAAAUUUAUGAUAGGGAGAAGAGCCGAAAUAGUCAAGUAAUUGAUUAUCGUCCCUUCAAAACGACCCUGAAGGCCCUUGAGUCGACAGACGACUUGUUAAUGGAAGUAAAAAAAUAUCUGGUUCAAAAAUCAAACUGGACUGGACAAAAUCUCAUUAAUGUUCAAUGUGAUAAUCCUGAACGUGCUGAUCGCAAUAUUUUAAUUUCAGCGGGAAAUUAUAAUGUUAUGAACUGUACGCAGAGAUGCUUACUUACAGCACCCAGAGCAGAAAUGUGUUCGAAUAUGAAAGAACAGGUCGUUUAUAAUAUUCAGCUUACAUUCUGGCUUUAUCUCGCCAUCAGAGUAUUUAUUGGAACUGCCUGGGGAUACAUUGAGUCUUUCCUCUUUUGGUUCCUGCAAGAUUUGGGAGCAUCACAGUCGCUCAUGGGUGUCACGAUAACAGUCAGUGGACUUGCUGGUCUUCCUUUAUUGGUUUUAUCAGGGCCAAUAAUUGCGAAACUUGGUCACGCGAAUGUGCUCUUCAUUGGAUUUAUUUUUUACGCAAUUAGGCUAGUAGGAUACUCGUUAAUUUACAACCCCUGGCUGUGCCUCAUUUUUGAAGCUCUCGAAUCUGUGACGUCUGGACUCGCUUUUACAGCAGCUGUAACGUAUGCCGCCAAAUUAUCAACAACAGCCACUGAUAGCUCUGUUCAGGGCUUGCUCGGUGGAAUUUACUAUGGAGUUGGAAAAAGUUGCGGAAGUCUUAUCGGAGGUUUUCUGAUGAAGGCAGUGGGUACACGUUCGACAUAUCAGAUAUUCGCGGCAGCUUCACUACUGACAGGAUUGAUGUACUGUAUGUUCAACGUCUUUUAUCUGAAGAAGCGUCCUCAAGUCGAGGGCAACGACAUCGUCAAGAAAGAACCGAAGAAGACGAAGAGCGAUCUCGAGAAUGGAUCGGUGGAAAUCGGCUUGAAAGAGAAGAAACAGAAACAGAAUCAAGACAAAGAAAAGAUCGCCUCGGGCUACGACAACAAGGCUUACUCUUACUCUGCUGAAGAUCAAAUGAAAAUCGAAAGCGCAAAGUCUACUUCCAAGGACAUUGAGGCCCUCAACAACGUAAAGAACCUUGACAAGAUCGAGAAGAUUUCCGAACCGGAGGAAAAGAAAAUCCAGGAUAAGACAGGUUAUUCCAAAAACGAAGAGAAUGCUAUCACGAAUCCUCCUGAUGUCUUUGAAGACAAAAUUCAAGAUGAUAAACACAAUGUCACUAUUGAGAAAGAACCAGAGGAGAAAAAAUAGAAUGAGAUUUCAAACAAAAAUCUAACAUUCCAUUUAGUUUUGCAUUCGGGACGAUUUCGAGAAAAUUCGAGAUUUUCUUGUCACAAGUUUAAGUGAAAUAAACUAUUAAUGGAGAUCGAGAAUCUCUACAAAAAUUCGGAAUCUCGAGCCGUGAAUAUCUAAAUUUUUUAUUUGAGAUUCUAGAUCGAAAUGACGUUUUGAUUUCAUCCGAACACAUUCCAAGAAAAUCUCGAAAUCGUCUCGAAUGCAUUACUGAUGUAGGGUGACCAUAGCUGAUUUUCGGAUUGUAGGAAAACCGAAAAGAUGAAGAGUUCUUUCUACUUUGUUAGAACGCGAUGAUAAAUAAUAGGAGUAAAAAAAAUGUAAUCCAUUUUGGAAAAUAGUGUCAGAAAAGAAAGAUUCUAAAACAAUCCUCAAUUUCUUAACGCUUUUUUGGUUUGAAUUUCGUAUCAAAUUUAAAGAAAACCAUUAUGUAUCAAUCAGAUUCCAUUUUUUUUAAAUAAAACAAGAAAAAUCCCACUUCGAGAAAACCGGACAAACCCGAAAAAGUAUGGACAGAUGGUCACCCUAGUUCCAUGUUCAGUGAAAAACUCCUAUCUUCAUUUUGAAUCUGAAUUUAUAAAAUUUGACUUGUUUUUUUUGGUAACCAAAAUAAAUGGUCGAAAGUAGAUGUCUAAUUCAAGGGGCCAUCCAUAAAUUACGUAAGAGAUUUUGUGGGGGAAGGGGGUUUGGCUUUAUAAAGAAUUCCUUUUUUUUCUCAUUUUUUUUAAUAAAUUCAAACUGAAUUACAAGAAACCAUUAAAAAAAGUCUACCUAUUUUUGGUUGAAACCUAUUUCUUUUUGGUUCAAAAUUCUACUAUUUUGUGAGAAUUUAAUUUUUUUAUUCAAAACUCAACUCUUUUGUUGAAAAGUAAUCAUUUCUGGUCGAAAGUCAGACUGCUUUUAAAAUUAAUCAUUUUACUGAAAAUACAACGUUUUAUGGUUUAAGUCUAAUUUUUUUGUCGACAAUUCAACUGCCUUCUGGAAACUUCGUCUUUUUGGUUUAAACAUUCGACUAUUUCGUUAAAAAAUUACCUAUUUUUUU